AUGUUUGCUUUAAUUGCCCUUAUUGUUGUUGUAAAUGCCGAUUAUAGUGGUUGUGGAUGUUGUGAAGUAAAUGGAAAAUGUGAUGUAUUCCAAAAUGAAUGGAGUUGGUUAGAUGAAUGUAUUAAACAUGUUCCACAAGACAUAAUGCCAACAGAUCCAAAUUGGUUCAAGAUUGUUAGACUUCCUAAUGCUACUUAUGAUAAAUGUACAGCACCAACUGGAUUUUCUUCAUCUGAUAAAGCCCCUAUUUAUACUUAUGAUAGUCCAUGCACAUGUUUUGAAGAUUUUGCUGAUCGUAUUAUGAAUUCAUUUAGUUGUGGAACUGAAUUUCUUAAAUCACUUGAUGAAGUUUGUAACACAUUAGGAUGUAAGUAUUGUAAUUUUAUUACUCCAAAAUGUGGUGAUACUCAAUUAAGAAGAUGUGAUUUAGUAUAUCAACAAGAAAUUGCCUUAAAUAAAUAUCCUACUUCUGAUGAUAUUUGUCGUGCUCUUACAAAGAAAGUUGAAUGUUAUGAUAGUAACCAUUGUGUUUAUUCUGACAUUCCUCAAAUGCAACAAACUGUUAAACAAUGUAGAAACUCUACUUGUCCUGCAUGUUACCAAAUUUGUAAGAAUGGUGCUAUUUCUACUUUUGCUCUUUUUGCUCUCGUAUUGCUUGCUUUUGUCUUCUAA